UUAUCUUAAUAUUAAGACUAAGAAAGGAGAUGAAAGGACUUGAGAGAUGUGCUAUGCAAUAGCUGCACCUCAGCUCUCGAAUUGGGGUUUUUGGAAAGAAGAGUUGAGUGUAUACAGUGGGGAUUUAGGGUGGCUGGUGUUGUGCCAACAAUGUAAUGGUUGUUUUCACUGAAAAUUCACUGAAUUUUAUAACUUUUUACCUUCCGUGUGUGUAAAGAACCUUUUCAAAGCACAUUUUAUAAAAGCUGAAUCUUGAUGUGUAGACUCUUUUUUGAGGAUGAUUUGCUUCAAGAGGUGUGUUUUUUCCUUUCCUUAAGCAUUUCUUGCUGUUUAUUUUUUUGCAGGGGCCAGUUCUCUCCUCAGGUUAGCUCAAGAUGGCAGACCAGAGGCAACGCUCGCUCUCUACCUCUGGGGAGUCCUUGUACCACGUGCUGGGGCUGGACAAAAAUGCCACUUCAGAUGAUAUCAAAAAGUCUUACAGGAAACUGGCAUUGAAAUAUCAUCCUGAUAAAAACCCUGAUAAUCCAGAGGCAGCAGAAAAAUUUAAAGAGAUCAAUAAUGCCCACGCAAUAUUGACGGAUGCCACAAAGCGGAACAUUUACGAUAAGUAUGGGUCUCUGGGGCUCUAUGUAGCAGAGCAGUUUGGUGAAGAAAAUGUGAACACAUACUUCGUGCUGUCCAGCUGGUGGGCAAAGGCCUUGUUUGUGUUCUGUGGGCUCAUCACAGGCUGCUAUUGCUGCUGCUGUCUGUGCUGCUGCUGUAAUUGUUGCUGUGGGAAGUGUAAACCGAAACCUCCCGAAGGCGAGGAGCAGGAAUUCUACGUCUCUCCAGAGGACUUGGAGGCACAGUUGCAGUCAGAUGAAAGGGAGGCCUCAGACGCACCUAUUGUGAUACAGCCAGCAUCAGCCACAGAGACAACCCAGCUCACAGCUGACUCUCACCCCAGCUACCACACUGAUGGAUUUAAUUAAGUUAAGGAAACACUGUCAUUAGAAUGGAUAAAAAAAAAAAAAUACAUGGCCAACUCAACACUAGAAUCAUGAACAUUAGAAGUAGAGAACGGGGAGGGGGAAUAAUUCUGCCACAGUAAGAAGGCAGCUUUCCAACCUGCCGGAAAUAUUUUGUAAUCCCUUCAGCCUUUUGUCACCUUUCAGUGUCGUAUCUGGACGAUACGUGAAGUGCUGUAGCAUGCAGUAUUUAAAGCAGUUUAGCUACGGUCUUAUUUGUUUCUUUUAUUUUUUUCUCCUGUUUUGUUUAGUUUUUUUUUUUUUUAAUAGCAUGUAUGGAGUUAUGUUAAAUGUCUGUGGUGUAACGUAUUGAGUUGUCACAAUAUCAGUGCGAUGGAGACAUUCUGCAUUUUAAGCAGCAGUAUUAAAAAAGAGAUUUAGAAAGUGUCACAGAAGCCACUGUUCUUCUGUACAGCUGAGCUGUCGAAGACCUUUAGAAGUUGAGGAUUUUCAUUUGAGUGCAACAAACCAAUUCUUUCAUUCCUCCUUCUAUUCCUGCGUUAUUAUCUAAGCAAGUUUACAAAGCCAAGAACCAAAAAUUGCCAGUCCUGCAGAGCUGGAGUCCUCUCAAAUGCUGGUUUUCAGCUUAAAUAAAUCUACCUUGAAAAAUAAAAAGGGAGAGUUGCCAAUCUUUGAACAGUAAAUUGAACAGCUCGUUGUGUAUGAGGCGAUCUCCAGUGACAAUGGAACCAAAACCAACUCGGAAUGGGCUCCUGUGGUGGUGGCAGUGGGAUUUCAACUCCAAGCACAAUUCUAUUGAUUUGAGUUCAGUUAUUUUUUUUGUAAUGCUGAAGACCAAAUAGUGCAGCUUUGUUUCUGAAUGCAUGAGAAUCUUAAAGUGAAACUGGUUAACUGGCUCUCACUGAGCAAAUGAGUAAAAUGCAGAAAGUAGGCAACAGCAGAGAUGUUUAAAAACAACUGGUGUUUAAAAAUUUGUUCUAAUAAUUUGAAACUUUAAUAGGCAAAGGGGGUAUUACAUGUCUUUUUUAAAAGCUUUUAUAAUACACUAACCCUUUAAUUUUUUCGUUAACAUCUUUGUGGCAUACUUAAAUGGAUUUUUAAGAACAAACCACCUUUCUUUGUGUUUAUAUUGUAUAAUUUGCACAUUGUCUUGCAUUUAGAUUUGUUUACACCAGUGUUUCUCUUUUUCCUCAGAACAAGUAUGUGGAAACCCUGAAAAGUUUCCUGUACUGUUUUGAAACCAAAUCAAGUUGGAAUUCUGUUCUAGAAACUGUGGUUUACUGAGGUUUAACUGUUACAAAGGCAUUUUAGGCAGCUGCUGAAUUGCUGGUGUAUUUUGUUGUCAGUAGACCUGCUUUAGGUGCUGCGGAGUCAGAUCUGGAAGAGCUCCAGAGAACCCACACUUGGCACUUUCAGUGGGUAAUUACAGCCUCGUUAAUUUUGAACAUUAUGGUUUUAUAUCACAAUGCCUCUACUGUCCUUUGUACCCCCAUCUCCCUGAUCUGUUUUUCCCCUCUUCCUGUAGAGGGGCUGUUGGCACCUUCCUCCCAUGUCUGCUGCUCCCUCACCAGCUCCAUGUGGUGCUUUGGAGCAGGGUGAAGAUCCACUGGUCUGCACAAAGACCACCAGGAAAGGGCAGAGACCCAGAGAACUAUUCUGAAUAUAUUUUCCUGCUGUCUUUGCAUGAGCAACAAGGAUGGAGCACAUGAAAUCUGCCAUGGAACCAUGUUAAACGUGCUGGGUAGGAGAACGUGUUCUCCCCAUGGUCUCAGUGCUCAGUGAGGAAUGUUUGCACACCCAGACUUUGCUGUGGCUGUUGGUACAAGCACAUAUUUGCCUGCAUGGGAGCUUGCAGAUCAGCAUGAUUUUAGUACCACAUCCAGCCCCCAAAAUUCCCCCCAAAAAUGUUACUUUUAAUUAAUGGCUCAGUUUCAGCAGCACACUCCUUAAGUCAUUUCUUCUUUGCCCAUAGUCCUUACAGACAUGAAAUGUGGAGGUUUAGUGCAAGAUACUUUUAACUUUUCCUGACUUGGAUGGCCUUGAGGACAUUUGUGUAUGAUUUGACUUGAGGUCCUUAUUUAGUUAAUGUCUUUCUUUGACCCCUUGGAACAAAAAGCCAUUUUUAGGCUUAAACCAAAUAUCAUUUUGUCUGUCCCCGAAGAUGUUACCAGAAGCCUGUUCUUGGUGUAGAAUUGCACUCUGGAAUAUGGUGGGGCAUAUGCAGGCUUUGUCUUCUCCACAUUCACUGGUUAAAAUUCUCUGUAUCUGCAAAUUGUGUUCUUGG